AUGAGUUUCGGCUUUAGCGUGGGGGAUUUCCUCGCGACUUUGAAACUCGCCGAUGAUUUGAAAAAGCGGUUUGCACAAGCUCCCAGUGAGUUCAAGGCUAUUUCUGGAGAGGUUAAAAGCUUGUGGGCUGUCCUCCAUGAUCUCAAUGACAUUCCGAAAGAGGGCCUCAGCGUGCACCAGAAAAGCGAAAUGGAAUCAAUUGUUCAAAAAGGCCGUGAGGUGCUGCUAGAAAUUGAAAACAAGUUGAGCAAGUACAAUGUUCUUGCAUUUGCGACUUCAAACUGGAAGAACAAGGCUCUUCGAGCAUGGAGUCGAGUCAAUUGGGAUCCCGCGGAAGUCAACAGCUUGCGGAGUCGCAUCACGUCUUGCAUUUCGCUUUUCAAUUUGGUCAUGGGGAAAAUCAAUCAGGAUCUGACCCUGGAAAUUGGAGCGGAGGUCCAUUCGAUGAAGGAGAAUUGCGACACUCAGCUACGCAAUGGAAUGCUCCCAUGGAUUUGUGCGAUAGAUCCCUCGGAGCGACAGAGUAAAGUCUUCAACAUGCGGCGUGAAGGUGCAGGCAAAUGGUUCCUGGAAAGUGAGCAAUUCCUCCUCUGGAUCGCCAGUGAAAAGAAAAAGACCCUGCUCUGUACUGGAGUUCCCGGGGCCGGCAAGACAGUACUUACUUCUAUCGUCAUUGACCAUCUUGAGAAAAAGUUUUCCAAUGAUGACAGUGUUGCGAUCACUUAUAUUUAUUUCGACUUUCGGCAACGACUUGAAUUUUUCGACCUCAUUUCGAGUCUUCUUAGACAGUUGCUCCAGGGGAACCCAGGCCUGUGUGGAACAAUCUCUGAUUUGCAUUCUCGACGCCAACAAAAACCUAGUCAUUUAUCUGAAGCGGAAGUUCAAAAGCAACUCGAGCUGGUGAUAUCUCAGUGCCGCGAGGUGUUCUUUCUCAUUGACGGACUAGAUGAGUGCUUGGAUGUUCGUGUGCGACGUCAGUUCCUCAUAUGGAUCGGAACCCUUCUCAAUUUCAAUGGUCAUACGAAUAUCAAGGUCCUUGCAACCACGCGGCACGACGAUAAAUUUGGAAAGGCCUUUCUCAGCGAGGGUCUCACCAUGGAAAUCAAAGCAAGUAGAGAAGAUGUGGAAAUCUUUCUUGAUGCAAGCCUGGAUUAUCUUCCGGGGUUCAUUCAGAGGAAACCCGAGCUUUGGAACUACAUUCGGAAUCAGAUCAUUGAAUCCACUGGGGGAAUGUUUCUGCUCGCCCGUCUCUAUUUGAAUCUACUAUUGGAUGAGAAGAAUGAGAAAAGAGUUCGAACCCUAGGCACUCAAUUUCAAACUGGCUCAGGCGCAUAUGAUCAUGCAUAUGAUGACACCAUGAAGAGAAUUGAGCAGCAAAGCUCCUUUUCCCAGGACCUUGCCAAGAGGAUUCUAGGAUGGGUUACGUUCUCGGCACGACCACUUACCGCUAUUGAGCUGCAAGACGCUAUUGCAGUCGAAAUUGGAGAGCCUGAAUUCGACCAAACGAACAUAAUAGACAUCGAGGAGAUGAUCUCUGUCUGCUCCGGUUUGGUCGUUGUAGAGGAAACCAGCAACAUCGCUAAGCUUGUACAUUUUACAACUCAAGAUUAUCUGAAACGCACGUGCAAGUCUUGGUAUCCCGAUGUUCAUGAAUUUCUCACAAACACCUGUCUUACAUAUCUGUCGUUCGACAACUUUGAUGGUCCUUGUUUGACCCAAGAUGACCCUAAAGUACAGCGAGGAGAGUACCCGUUUUAUCAAUACUCGGCUCAUGAGCUAAAUACCCAUCUCCGCCAGAGUCUUGGAAGUGACUCCCUUCUCCCUGCAUUCAUCGGAAACGAUGCCAAAGUUUCUCGGUGCAUGCGAGAAAUCUUCGGUCUGUCAGGAACCGAAUGCGGUUUCACAGGACUCCAUCUUGCCUCACUAUUUGGCCUUGAACACAUUGUAGAGGGAUUCUCCCAUACUGGCAGCAAUUUCGAUAUCUGGGACUAUCUUGGCCGCACGCCUCUUAUAUGGGCUGCAGGGUCUGGCAACGAGACAGUAGUCAGUCUAUUACUUGACCGUGGAGCUGACCCCAACUCUGCGACAAAGGAGAGCUUCACACCACUCUUCUACGCUGCAGCCUACGGCCAUGCCGCAGUGGUUAGACUUUUGAUUGAUGGAGGUGCCAAUGUCAAUUUUGAAAACAAAAGCAACGAGACCCCAGUCUUCUUCGCUGCGAAAGGUGGUGGUGGAGUCCGACUCGGUCCUAGAUCACUAUUCACCAUGGGUGAUCAUGCAUUGGUUAUAAAAUUGCUACUCGACGCAGGAGCUAAUCUUGACCACGAAAACGAUCGUCAUGAAACACCCUUGCAUGCAGCAGCAAAUAAUGGCCAUGAGGCGGCGGUUAGACUGCUUCUUGAGAGGAAUGCCAACAUCAACUCAAAUCACAGUAACUACUGCGGUCACGAGCGCAUCCCAGCAGCUCCUCUGACCGCCGCAGCAAGAAAGGGCUACGUCAAAAUCACCAAACUGCUCCUUGAAAGUGGUGCAGACACUCCAUUCCGGUUAAUGGACACAAACCUGCCGCCUUACUUUUAUGCGCUGUCUUGUCUAUCAAAGUCACUUAUAGAUAAAGACGAAAGUUCUUUCACAGCAAUACUUCAAGAGUCUGGUGACCCAAGCUUCCGAGAUGAGUUCGAGCGCCUGCCAUUACACUGGGCAGCUUCGCGAGGCGACAGCGCUUUGGUGCAGCACAUUUUGAAGGCCGGAUGUAACCCGAAUCCCAAGGACAUAUUUGGCAGAACACCAUUGUUUGCAGCCGUUUGCAAGGACAGAGUCAACGUGGUGAAAGUGUUGCUCGACCACCCCGACAUCGACGCCCAAAGUGAAGACAAGCUGGGAGUUACUCCCCUUCAAGAGUCCUGUAGAAGACAAAGGUCCUCUUACAAAGUCCCUUCUUUCGCAAGAGGAAACAGUGCAGGACCUUGGGAUGAGGUCACCAAUCUUCUCAAAGUCAAGACUGGACUGCGUGAGGAAUGUCUGCUCAACGCCAACGUCCCCUGUUUCCCCCGAGAUUGUCCCCCGCAACAGGCCUUUUACGAACAUUGUGAUGUCUGUCUUGACAUAAUCCUGUUAGGCGGUUCAAGGAUUGUCCACUUUGUGGGCAAUCGUUUUGAGAAGUGA